GUAAAAGAAAUAUGCUAAAAUCAGCUGCUUCGUUAUAUAGACAAGUUGCCGGUGUAUAUUUCCAAAAAAGAUCUCGAUUGUUACACAAAAUGUCUGAGCAAAAUCUUAAGGCUGUAUCUUCGGUAGAUAUUGAUAAUAGCGGAAUCUUUAAAUAUGUACUAAUUAAAGUAACUGGAAAUGAGACUGCUGAUGGUACUGAGCCCAGCAAGAAUAUUGUGCGCGGUUAUGCCGAUUGCCAAUGGCAUGCCGAUAUUUAUGAGCGCACUCAGGAAUCGGUUAAGGGUACUGGAUUGGAUACUGAAUGCUUGGGUGGAGGUCGGAUUGAACAUAAUCCGGAUAAGAAGUACAUCAAGAUUUAUGGCUAUUCACAGGGUUAUGGUAAAGCGGAUCACUUGGAAUCUAAAAGGAUCUUGUUAACCAAAUACAAGGAUUACGAGAUUGAAACCACAGAUGAGGGCUACUGAAUUUUGCUUAGAUUUUAUGUUGUUAAUAAAUAACAAAACAAGUUUAUAAUCAAA